CAAACCGGAAUAAGGAAGCACCAAAUGAAUUUGGACGGUCUGCCUUCUAAACACAGCUGGCUAGAGUACAGCUAUCUCCUGAAUGCAUAGCAAAAAAAAAAAAAAGGCUUGAGCUGCUGUUACAACAUCUUUGCUGGUAAUCCUGCACCCGUCGCGCAAAUCGAUUCUCCUGGGGGAAAAUGUCGUCUGGUCGGGAAGGGUCCUGGACCUUUGUUGUAGCCGCAGUGCUGACCGUAUUUCUGCUGGAUGCCGUUGUUUUCGCACAGGCGAAGAGCUUUGAGGAUGUUCGCUGCAAGUGCAUCUGCCCUCCAUACAGAAACAUCACUGGCCACAUAUAUAACCGAAAUGUCUCCCAGAAGGAUUGUAACUGCCUCCAUAUAGUGGAGCCCAUGCCGGUGCCUGGCCAUGAUGUUGAGGCUUACUGCCUGUUGUGUGAGUGCAAGUACGAGGAACGAAGCAGCAACACCAUCAAGGUAACCAUCAUCAUUUACCUAUCUGUUGUGGGUGCACUGCUGCUUUACAUGCUGUUUCUGCUCCUGGUUGAUCCUCUUAUCCGCAAACAUGACCCCUACACCCAGCCGCUGCACAAUGAGGAGGACUCUGAGGAGAUGCGUCCGCAGGUGGACAGCAGCCAGGCAAGAGGAAACACAGUGCUGGAGCGGGUUGAGGGAGCACAGCAGCGCUGGAAAAAGCAGGUCCAGGAACAGCGCAAGACUGUUUUUGACCGCCACAAGAUGCUUAGUUAAACCUUACAGCUGACCUCAAAACAGGUUUAGAAUAGGUAACUUCACUGGGCUCAGCACUAUUGCACUGGCACCAGCUGCACUAUUACUAACCUCUUUCCAUUGGAUGUGCACUCCACCCUCUGAAGUAGAAUUUCCUCACUAAGAAACAUUCAAACACACUGAUCUAACAAGCAGAUAUAUUUUAUCUGUUAUACAUUACACUUAAGUUGCAGUUGUGAAAAAACUCCAUGUUUGCGCGCUCUUAACUGCUAGAUUUGGAACGUCUCGAUAAAGUAAGAACCUUUUUGUCCAUUUAGCCAGACUUAGAAUAGCCUUUAAGCUUCUUUGAGAUACUUUUAGUUGUUAGCUACUUACUAAUAUGGUAUGAUUAUAAAGGGUUUUUUCUCGUAGCCUAAUUUAUGACGUCACCUCAGAACAGGUGAGCUUUAUGUUUUUGAAUGAUCAGUUUAGCUAAUAGGGUAGAAAGAGUACCCUAUCUGUGCUGUUGCCAAGCAUUAAUGAUAAUUUAUUUAUACAUAACCCUGGGCGUAUUUAUUGUCAUUUGCACUAACAAUGUAAGUAAAGGAUUGUAGAUUUGGGGCUUUGUAAUUUUAAAGCUUUGACAUCACUACCUUUAAGAUAGCCCCCAAUAUGGGCCUUUUUCUGUUUCUCUCCUUGUGUGAGUGAACAUGUUACACCAAACUCCAGUGCAAAAGUUGGCUCAUAAAUGUUGGCAAUUCAGAGCUUGCAAAACACAACAGAUGGUAAGGUCUACCAAAAAAGUUUGGCAGGUACAUUGUCCACCAAGUAGUAGUUGUGUUUGUGUAACUCUUAACAAUUUAUCUUGGAUUUAACAGUGAAGCUGAUUGAGAAAAGGUUUGAUCAGUGAGUUAGGCACAAGGACACAUUUACAUCCUCUAUUUUGUCGUAGAGUUUGACUGAACGUACUCUCCCAUGCAAAGAGAGAAAUGGAGAACGGGGUAUUUAACAGAGCUUUAAAGCCAUCCUCAAAUGAAUCAAAUCUGUGCCACUGGAGAAUGUCCUAAAUCAGUAAAGCUGCUGAUAAAGCGUUUAAGUAUGGCGGAAUCAGGAUGCCUCAUGGCUUUGAAGCACCCUCAUGUGCGUCGUGUGUCAGUGAAUUUCCCUUCACAUUCUACUACUGCGGCUCCCUGUUGGGGAAUUUUUAAUACGACAAAGAAAGGUACGCUGACUCACAUUAACUCAUGCACAAUGUGGACUGCUGAAGUUGAUUUGUCUGUAAUAGUUUGUUUCAUCAUUGAAGCGUUUUUGAUUGAUUAAUUUUAAGAAUAGUUUCAUAUCAGUGUUUUGUAUUUCUAUUUCUUUUCAGCCUAACUGGAAUAUUCCACUGUUCAUGUGUAUACAUUUGGCUUGAUGUGCAAUAAA